GCCCAGCUGAUCGCACAGUCCAUCGGCCAGGCCUUCAGCGUGGCCUACCAGGAGUUCCUGCGCGCCAACGGCAUCAACCCCGAAGACCUGAGCCAGAAGGAGUACAGCGACAUCAUCAACACCCAGGAGAUGUACAACGACGACCUCAUCCACUUCUCCAACUCCGAGAACUGCAAGGAGCUGCAGCUGGAGAAGCACAAGGGCGAGAUCCUGGGCGUGGUGGUGGUGGAGUCGGGCUGGGGCUCCAUCCUGCCCACGGUGAUCCUGGCGAAUAUGAUGAACGGCGGCCCGGCGGCCCGCUCGGGGAAGCUGAGCAUCGGGGACCAGAUCAUGUCCAUCAACGGCACCAGCCUGGUGGGGCUGCCCCUUGCCACCUGCCAGGGCAUCAUCAAGGGUCUGAAGAACCAGACGCAGGUGAAGCUCAACAUUGUCAGCUGUCCGCCGGUCACCACGGUCCUCAUCAAGCGGCCGGACCUCAAGUACCAGCUGGGCUUCAGCGUGCAGAACGGGAUCGUGAGUCUGCCCUCUCCUCCUCGGCCACCUCCACCGCGCAUGUGUGGGCCUGGAUGCAGGGGGCUGGCGAGGUGGGGGGUGCUCUCCACCCCCCUGCCCCUGCAGCCGCUUCUGUCUGACAGCACAGGCCCUGGCGGGUGGGCACAGCUGGGCAGGAGCUUUGAGCAUUUCCCAGGGCAGGCCUGGCCAGGGAGGGAGGGCUGGUGCGUGGCCAAGGAAUGGGUCCCUCCAGCCCUGCUCAAAGCACCCUUGUCCCCGUGA